UAUCCUUUUCAAACUGUCGGACUCGUUUUAUGGACGGACUUCCCAGUGUCACACCAAAUGCUGUCCGUCACGCAACGCAGUGUACACAUUUCAGUAAAUUUACUCUUAACUUUUCUUCCCCUACAACCUGUGUCGUGAAAUCUUUUCAUGGACUGUGUGGAGCAGAAAGACACCGAAGCAACGGCGCCUUCAGUCAUCGACAGAUAUUACACCCGAUGGUUCAGAGCAGAUAUGAAGGGGAAACCGUGUGAGGACCACUGCAUCCUGCAGCAUUCAAACAGAUUAUGUGUUGUCACGUUAGCAGAGACUCACCCAGUCCUUCAGAAUGGGCGGAAAAUCAAAAGUAUCAAUUACAAGAUCAGUAAUUGCUGCAGUCGGCUGAACAAUAAAGUGUCUGGGAAGUCUAAGCGGGGGGGUCAGUUCCUUACUGAUUUUGCACCGCUGUGCAGGAUAACAUGCACGGAUGAAACUGAAUACACAAUCUACAGCUGCAUCCGAGGCCGUCUUCUAGAGGUCAAUGAGAGUAUAUUAGAAACACCUACUCUCUUGCUGGAAAAGCCAUCCACUGAAGGUUACAUCGCCGUCAUCUUGCCAAAGUUUGAGGAGAGCAAAAGCAUAACAGAGAAUCUUCUGAGCAGAGAGGAGUUUGAGAGUGUUGUCUCCAAACGUACAGUUGCCCAAUCUCAACCAACAUGACUGAGCUCCACCAAAUCAGGUUGGGAUAAGACCGGGGACGUUAUCAUUGAGAGUGACACUUGAGUGUGGUCACUUCAAAGGGACUAUUGCUAAUAAUGCAAGCUGUGCACUACCCCUCUAUACUUAUAAAUUGUUUCAUAAAUUGAGAAAGGUUUCAGGAUGCACCCUGUGCUCAAGACCUUCAUUUUUUUUCUUCUAAUUUCAAUAUAAGGAAAUCGAGGAAAGCAUGACAAUUUACUUGAAGUCUGUUUGUAUAAUAUCCCCAACUAAUAUUCAGUUUGAAUUAUUUUUCUAGAAUGUCAAUAAAUGAAACCAACAGGGAUUUAAGAAAAAUAUUGUUUAUUUUGUUUGUGUCACUUCUAUUAACCUUUCAAUUGUCAAAAGAAUAGAUGGUCCAAAUCUAAAUCUAAGAGUUCUUCACAUCUGUAACGCAACUACAAUACCCAGCAACCUUCGCUGCUCUCACACUGUACAGAGCAUCUCUAAAGCUUUAUGUAUGUUAUUCAUCUCAGUCAUUAUCACACCUCUCAUCUAGUACCAAAGUCAUUACCUUAGGAUACAUACUGUGUGUGUAUGUAUGUAUGUAUGUAUGUAUGUAUGUAUAUAUAUAUAUAUAUAU